UCAAAAGAGAGUAUUUUAGCGUAAAUCAUUCCCUUCACAUUAGUGAAGUGUACUGUCCUAAAAUCGCUGCCAGUCACUAGCAUUGCCGACCCCGGCUAACGACAUCUAACCUUGUUUUAAUUAUAUCUACGGUCUCACCGAAGCUUAGUUUCACUGUUACUCAAAGUCCAGACUCCGGAACAAAGUUUGACAAGUGUCAUCCAAAAAUUGGCCAUGUCAUCAUAAUGUGUAUGGAAACGAAGUCAUGAUGAGAGGGAAGCGAGUCUUUAAUCAAGACCAAAUGGAGAUUAAAUAAUAAUAACAACCAUAAAACAGACAACCUGAGCUUUUCCAGUGAACUGCUUUAUUACGUGGCCUCAGCAUCAUGACAUCAACAAACAUCCAGUUCUUCAUUUUCACUGAGUACACGGAAUUCUACGAGGCUGGUUCCAUAUGUUUUAUCCGUGAGCACCAACAAAGUUUUGGCUCACCCAAAACAUUGUCUGUGUUCAUACUUGGCACAUUUACACCAAUGUACUGUGAGAUCGAGAGGAGCUGUUUGGAGACACUGACUGCACAAGAGGCACGUCUGCUGCUGGCCCUCACUGACUGCUCUGAAAGGCUCAAGUGGUUCAGAGAAAAAGCUGCUCUUGGAAGAGCACAGACACUUUCUCUGGGGACUGAAGUGGUUGUGGAAGAAGGAAGUGAGAAGUUGAAUGGUAUCAUCCGCUACAUUGGAAGCAUGCCAGAAUCAGGAUCCGAAGAGCCUUUUACAGCAAUAUUCUUCGGAAUAGAACUGCAGGGAGAAGACAAGGGAAGGGGAAAAACAGAUAGCUGCUACCGCAAUGAGACCCUCUUCAGUUGUGAUAAAGACUGUGAAAUAUGGUUACCUUUUUCUAGAGUCCAGCCACGUCAUUCCAACACUUUCCCCCCACACAGACCUGAGACAUAUUCUCAGUCAUCAGAAACACCAGUUCCAGGUGACAGAGUUACAUACUUUAUUGAAGAUUACUUUUGCUAUGGAAUGGUGCUGAAUGUCCAGGAGAAGGAUGGAAAACAUUUUGUGUUGAUCUCUGCGGAUAUUGAUGCCACUGGGAAGACACGCGAAGUUAAAGUCCCACUCAAAUUUGUUCUAAAGGGAGAAUGGCCUGCUGAGUCUCAUCUGAUUUACCUUGACAAUCCCUCAGUGGAACAAAAAUUUGGCAUGGAUCUAAGUAUAAACUCACUGGUGGAGGUGCGCUCUGAUAAAGCCAGUUUAUAUGGAAUAAUCCGUUGGAUUGGCACCUUUCCUGGAUGGCAAGAAAUUAUGGCUGAACUUGAAAUUGAUGAGGACACUGAAGUGAAUGUUGGUACCUUCAAGAAUGUGUAUUUCUUCCGAUGUCUUCCUAGGCAAACUAUCUAUGUGAAGUAUAGCUGUUGCCAUCCUGAUACACGAUUUCUGAAUGAUAGUGACCAAGAUGUUUCACCAAAGCACGAAAUGACAGACAGGGAAAGACAUCCCAGUGAUGAAAUAAAGGAUCCUGUAGCUCCCAUCAGCACAGAUCAAGUGGACAAAAUUCUGAUUGGUAAAAUGAAGGGGAUCCAGGGACACUGCAACUCUUGCUACAUGGAUGCUGCCCUAUUCAGUUUGUUUUCCUGCUCAUCCGUGCUGGACUCCAUGCUGUUUAAAUCAAUAGAGCCACAAGAUGCCCCAAUUCAAAGAACACUGCUGAAUGACAUCGUCAACCCUCUUCGAAGUGAGGGCUUUGUGGAAGGUCGACGUAUCAUGAAGCUCCGACAGCAGCUAGAAAAGCAUGGCUACUGUCACUCCUUUACCACAGAAGAGAAAGACCCAGAGGAAUUUCUCAAUGUCAUCAUGCACCACAUUCUUGCGCUAGAUCCUCUACUCAAACUGUCAGCUGGUGGCAAAGUGCAAGAGAGUUACUGUUAUCAGAUUUUCCUGGAGCAGAACCAUAACCUGGUCCUCCCAACUGUGCGACAGUUACUAGAACAUUCCUUUCACAGUGCAGGACUCAAACUAGCAGAGGUGCCUUACUGCCUCAUUCUUCAGAUGCCUCGCUUUGGGAAGAAAUUCAAGAUGUUUGAUAAAAUCAUUCCAUCCUUGGAUCUAGACUUAACUCAUGUCCUCUCUGGAGUUCCUCAGGUGUGCAUACUUUGUGGAACCCCGGCUCAAGAAGAGUGCAGUGAUUGUUUUGAAGAGCCUGUUUUCAGCCAGACAGGAUGCAAAAUAUUCUGCAAGACUUGCUCCACUCAGGUUCAUCACCAUCCUCAGCGGCGCACCCACCAGCCAGCAGCUCUCGACAUCCCCAAAGGUUGCACAGUUCAAGGAGUACCACUGACGAAUGAAAUGAAGCUGUUUGCCGUUCUCUGCAUAGAGACGAGCCACUAUGUCUCUUUCCUCAAAUACGGACCCAACAGUCACGACUGGAUCUUUUUUGACAGCAUGGCAGACAGAGAAGGAGGAGCAGACGGUUUCAACAUCCCACAAGUGCGAGCAUGCCCUGAGGUUGGCAUCUACUUGAACAUGUCUCCAGCAGAGCUGGCCAAUCAGAAUCCUCGGGACAUGACAGGUGUAGCUAAACGUCUCUUUUGUGACGCUUAUAUGUACCUGUACCAGAGUAAAAGUAUGUGCCUUUAUCACUAAGUUACAGGGUUCGUACGAGUCCUUGAAAUCUUUGAAAAUGCUUGGAUUUUACUGUCAUUUUUUUCAAACUUUGAAAAAUGCUUGAAAGUCUUUGGCGCAAAAUAUUACUUCGCACCAGUAUUGUUUUCAACAACAAUGACGAAAACAAAGAUAUUUAUAUAUUAAUAUUUAUCUACAAACAAUUUUUUCAUGAGGGCGUGACUAAAAAUGUGUCUUGGAUGACUAAAACAUUACGAGACGAAUGCCAGUUUUUGUCUGACGAGAUAAGGGCAGGAUGAAAAUUUGCUAUAGUUUGCGUCAUAAGUUCACAGUGUGUGACAUUUGCUUAUCGUAUGUGUAGUUAGCACGCAUCGUGGCACCUUUUGGUCGUGUCACUCAUGUGAGCCUUUUGUGAAACACGUCAGGUGCUCCUUGAUACGUUUUGUUUUCUUAUCUUGGCUGGAUAUGUUAUGUUGCUUCAGCCUUUAAAGGUUUCUGCUGAGUGAUCAUCACACUAAAUGUAGCUUGACAGCAGUUUGAUUAUUUUUUUGCAUUACAGCACACAAAAACGAUGAUGAUGUUUGCCUCUACUUAGACCUCUAAUGAGGGCUUACCUUAUUGUUGUCACGUAAAAGCAGUGUCCAUGGCGAUGAUCAUCCUGCUAGUGUUCUCAGUUUAUCAGAUGAAAUUUUGGCCAUUAGAAAAGAAUUGGAGCGUUUUUGGCCAAUUUUGUGUUCAACUUCUUUGCCCCUUACCUUCCUGCAAUUUUUGGUUUAUGAUUUAUUUGAAUUGGAUAAAAAAUUGUGGGACUAGAUAAAUUUUGAAAAAAAAAAACAUUUGUUUUUCAAAAAACCCGCGUUUUUGCAUGAACGGUCAUUUUUGAGGGUCAUUCAAAAAAUUCCCUGCAUCGCACAAGAAUUCCGGUCAUUUCGGUAUUCAAACGGUGUCAAUGGGCCAAACAGUUGGGGCUAUGCAGCGUGCCGAAGAAAUGUCAUUGGAAAACAAAAAAUGGAAUAACGUAAAUGGUCGCUUUUGCAUGACAUGCAAAGCUACCAUCAAAAAGUUGUAGAGAGUUCAAGAUGACGCUCGUCUUCUAAAUCCUAAUGCUAACGAGAAUGCAAAUGCUAUGCUAACAUUCAAAGUUACGUUGAGUGUGUGAUGAUCACACAGCACAGACCUUUAAAGGCUUUAAGUGCCUACGACAGGAUAAAAGUCUUAAAUAGCAUUAUUAUGUGAAUUGCAAUCAUAUUUUGAGACGAUUCGACUAUAUAAACAAUUUGGCAAAGCACAGAUGAGGAGAAAUUAGUCUUUUAAUCUGUUGUUUGGCCACGUCUACCAUUAUAGGGCUCUAGCGUCCCCAACAGGAGGAUUACGUCGGCAGGGUCAUGGUUUCAUCUGAUUUAGAAUUCAGGCCAUCGAGGGGAAUUAUUCAGGACGAGGAAAAUGCGACGAAAAGAGCUGCAAAAUGUCAUUGUUUCAGUCUCUCUGCUCCAAUAUUUUUAUCUUAGUAUUUUUCCCCAAUUGCUAAAUAAAUGGUAUGGUCAUGACAAAUAACAGUCUUGUGCUAAAUGGAAUAUGAAAUAAUAAAAAUGCAUUUAUUCAGUACGACAUGGCAAAAUUACUCCAUAACGGUCAAAACUGUCCACUUCUUGAACCUCCCAAACUAUAUUUUAUGCCACCGAAGUUAAUCCGGCUUUUGUCAUUUCCCUGCCCUGGCUUCGGAGAGCGUAAACAAACCAGGAGGCGUAACAGCUAGCCGACAUGCUAACCCAAACCGAGUGAUGUUUCAAAGUCUUUUUCUUGGCUUUCAAAGCGAAAAAUCAUACAAAACUACCCAGGAUCAUGUCACAUGGCGGCGGGGUUGUUCAUUGUCUUCGCCGAUCGGCAUCUGCCUGGCGAGAGCAAGUUACGGCUCGUCGGACUCGUUCCCCUGCAGGAGAGCUGGGGAAGCAGCUGGACAAACCGGCCGACGACGGAGGAGCGCGUAGGACCGAUGGGGGUGUGAGGCCAACUGGCAUUCUAGGUGGACAAUCAGCCACAAAAUGCAAGCCACCUCCGCAUUAAAACGUGCCAUGAUCCCAGUAUUUGACAUAAUACAAAAUACGAUGUUUACUCACUUCCUCGCAAGUCCAAUGGUCCCACAGUUGUCGCACACUUGUUUUGGCCGAUCUUGGGGUGAACGAGAACUUUCUGAAACCCAGAAAGGCUCACACGCCUCUCCCUGAUGCAGCUACAAAAGCCUGCAGCCGUUUGGUUGGCGUGAUGCGAAAAAUAAAUGAAUUAAUCCGCAAAAUCAGCUGAAUCCGCAGUCUAUCUGCAUGCUAUAAAGCAAUGCUGUAUUGUGACAUGCUGACCCGCCUGACUUCACAUUCGCAUUCUUCCUAAACCCGAGACUGGAGCAGGAAGUUACUCAUUUUCAUGGCGCAGAAUUCAAAAAUUGAAUAUACAGUAUAAAAUGAUCGCUUCCACACACAUCCAGGAGGUCCAUUUCAUUCAGGAGCAUAAAACACGGCGUGAAAUAUGAAAUAAACAUGCUUUUUGGUGUCAUACGCACUUUAAGCAACAUUGCAUAUUCUCUCUUGCCAAGAUAAGAAAACAAAUCUUACCAUGUGUUUCAAGACAAGAAAGCAUGGAGGCUGAAGAGGACAUCGGUGACUAGGGGUGGGUGCAGAAUGUCAGAUGAGUUACACAACCAAACACUACUACAAUGCAGACUAACUGCACAUACAGUACAAUAAGAAAAUGUCAACCAUUGUGAACAUUUGACAGAAGCGAUGCCGCAUUUUUGUCGCGUUGUCGUCUCAUCAGACGAAAACGGGUAUUCGUUGCGUUAUGUUUUCGUCUCCCAAGACUCCAAAGACACGUUCAUGUUCGUCAAGGAAAUGUUUUCGUUAUCGUCUUUGUUGACGAAAACACGAUGCUGCCUACUCAACUGGCUCUUUAUUCCAAUGGUUCCCGCAGGUUCUUAAAAAGUCUUAAAUGUCUUGAAUUUAAAAUCCGGAUAAUCAAGGUCUUCAUUUGUCUUAUAUUUAACAAAAUUUCAGUUGGUAUUAAAUUUCUAGACGAAAUCACUGUCGUCUGUGUGUAUUUGUUUUAUUCAUGGCAAUGCACUAAAUAGGAGAGUUUGGGAUUCAUAUAUGUUAUACGGCGUACAUCAGCGACAGCGUCAGCAAAAUCUUCUAUUAGAAUAGUGUAAGCCCACUGGCUGCCAUUGAUGGCGCCAGACAUCAAAUUCUUUUUGACUGGGUUGGACAUUUAGCGCUGUCAAUGGCACUGAAACCAGAGCAUUCACACAUAGUCUUGUGUGCAUUUACAGGUCACUUUGUGUUCACUUUUGGGCAUUUACAGGUUCCUGUUAAAUUGAAGUCACCUUCUAUUCAUUUGGGCACAUUCUUGAGUCACUUCCUUUUCAGUCACCCAGAAUCUACAGGAAGUGACAUGUAAAUGCCCCAAAAUCAACAGAAAAGUGACCCGUACAUGCCUCAAUAGGAAACUGAAGUGACGGAAAAUUAACAGGAAAUGACGUUAAAUGCCCUAAAAUGAACUCAUUGCCUGGCAUUGGCUGCCACGGACGGCCAUAGACAUCCAAUCCAUUUGAAGUAGGAGGGAUGGGAGGGAUGAACUCAUUCCAAUUCACAGCAGAAGGAUGAAAAUGGCUUGUUUUUGUUUAUUAGUUGUUUUGUAGAAUAAUUUCCUGACCCAUGUAUAGAUAGUUGUUGAAUUGCCAUAUAGUGAGAUCGUCGUUAUCAUGAGCCUUGUAUCGUAAAUCAUAUUGUACACUGCUGGCUAAAAGUAUAGGUACCCCUGCAAUUCUGUCAGAUAAUGCUCAAUUUCUCCCAGAAAAUGAUUGCAAUUACAUAUGCUUUGGUAGUCAUAUCUUCAUUUAUUUUGUUUGCAAUGAAAAACUACAAAAGAGAAUGAAAAAAAAAUUUAAUCAUUAUCAUUUUACACAAAACUCCAAAAAUGAGCCCCUAUUGGCACCCUUUAAAAAUCAUGUGAUGCUUCUCUAAUUUGUGUAAAUAACAACACCUAUUGCUUACCUGUGGCACAUAACAGGUGGUGACAAUAACUAAAUCACACUUGCAGCCAGUUAAAAUGGAUUAAAGUUGACUCAACCUGUCUUGUGUCCUUCUGUGUACCACAUUGAGCAUGGAGAAAAGAAAGAAGACAAAGAACUGUCUGAGGACUUGAGAAGCAAAAUUGUGAGGAGGCAUUGGCAAUCUCAAGGCUACAAGUCCAUCUCCAAAGACCUGCGCAGUGUCAUCAAUAGGUCCAUGGCACUGAGGCUAUCCUCCCUAGAUGUGGACAGAAAUGAAAAAUUAAUGAGAGAUUGUGUGGUUGGCGGAUAAAGAACCUCGACUAACAUCCAAACACGUUCAAGCUGUCCUGCAGUCCAAGGGUACAACAGUGUCAACCCGUACUAUCCGUCGGCGUCUGAAUGAAAAGGGACUCAAUGGUAGGACACCCAGAAAGACAUUUUGGAAGAAUGUUCUCUGGUUAGAUAAAACAAAAGUAGAGCUUUUUGGAAAAAGGCGUCAACAUAGAGUUAAACAAAAACCUGAUGCUUUCAAAGAACAAAACACGGUCCUCACAGUCAAACAUGGCGGCGGUUCCCUAAUGUUUUGGGGUUGCUUUGCUGCCUCUGGCACUGGACUGCUUGAUCGUGUGCAUGGCAUUUUGAAGUCUGAAGACUACCAAAAAUUUUUGCAGCAUUAUGUAGGGCCCAGUGUGAGAAAGCUGGAUCUCCCUCAGAGGUCAUGGGUCUUCCAGCAGGACACACUUCAAAAAGCACUACAAAAUGGUUUGAGAGAAAGCACUGGAGACUUCUAAAGUAGCCAGCAAUGAGUCCAGACCUGAAUCCCAUAGAACACCUGUGGAGAGAUCUGAAAAUGGUACCUUUCAAAUCUCAGAGACCUGGAGCUGUUGGCCAAACAAGGAUGGUCUAAAAUUCCAGCAGAGCAUUGUAAGAAACUCAUUGAUUGAUUCCGGAAGCGGUUGUUCGCAGUUAUUUUGUCUAAAGGUUGUGCUACCAAGUAUUAGGCUGAGGGUGCCAAUACUUUUGUCCGGCCCAUUUUUUUAGUAUAUUGAUUUAUUUUUUUUCUCUCUCUUUUGUGUUUUUCCAUUGCAAGCAAAAUAAAUGAAGCUAUUGCUACCAAAGCAUUUGUAAUUGCAAUCAUUUUAAUACUACUAAUAAUACACUGAGGGUUCCAAUACUUUUGUUCUCACAGUCCUUUGGUCUUCUUUCUUUUCUCCAUGCUCAAUGUGGUACACACAAGGACACAGGACAGAGGUUGAGUCAACUUUAAUCCAUUUUAACUGGUUGCAAUUGUUUAGUUAUUACCAUCAUCUGUUAUGUGCCACAGGUAAGUAACAGGUGCUGUUAAUUACAUAAAUUAGAAAAGCAUUACAUGAUUUUUUUAAUAGCCAAUAUUAGCCAAUAGGGGCUCAUUUUUGGAGUUUUGUGUAAAAUGAUAAUGAUUUAAUAUUUUUUUUCCCCAUUGUCUUUUGUGUUUUUACAUUGCACACAAAAUAAAUAAAGAUAUUACUACCACAGCAUUUGUAAUUGCAUUCAUUUUCUGGGAGAAAUUUAGGAUUAUCUGACAGAAUUGCAGGGGUGUCAAUACUUUUGGUCAGCAGUGUAUGAAAUUUUGCAACGUUUUGGUCUUAAAUUAUAUUUUUAAGGUCUUCAAAAUGUCUUAAAAAUCAUUAAAUUCGACUUUUAAAAGGGUGCAAGAUCUCUGUUGAUUUUUGCAAAAAAAAAAAACAGCCACUUGUUUUUUUAAGAGUAGGAGAGAUUGUAAUAGCCUUUUAAAGAGCUUUACUGGUUUUGUCAAAAAUUGAAUAGUUUGUUGUUGUUGUGUACUACAGUUCCACACAAACGUUCAUGGAGAUAUCAUUUAGUUUAGCAAUUGGAGGUGUGAGAGCCAUUUGUCGAGUAUCCCAAACUUCUAGAAAGCACAUUUAUCAAAGUUUGCUUGUCCGUGAAUUUUGUGUCUCCGUCCGCCGAACAGCAUUGUGUCACUACGCUAGCACCUCUGCUAUUAGACGUGCUCAGUUUGCCAAAAACGCUUUAAAUGCGCACCUUCCCAAGGGGUUUCUGAAUCAGCACCUUUUAAACAAAAUUUCUCAAGCCUCAGGUGUCAUUGAACAUUUUGAAGUACUUGUAAGAAGGCACCUAAUUUUAUUUCUGCUUUGUUUUAAAGAUAAUGGAAAAACUGGAAAUCUGAUCUUGAAUGUCCUUUAAAAGUGCUUGAAUUAGGCCAUGAAAAAGGUGUACGAACCCUGACGUAAGUUGCUAUGUUAUUUCAUCACUGUUCUCAAAUAUAUAUAUUUCUUUAUUCAUCUUCCAUUUACUUUUAAAAAGCUGUGCAAUGAAGACAACUCAAACAAGUAUUUUGUAUUUUUCAUGUAUUGUAUUUGAGGCCACAACAUGUAAAUGAUUUCUUAAACCUGUAUUCAUAUUUUGUAAUGAUUUUUGAUGUUUUCAGGACCACUUAAACUAUUGUAAAUAUGUUUUACAACAUCAUCUGUUUAUUCUAUUGUUAUUUCAGAUCAUCUUUUAAACAAUAA